CACUGGAACUGAAGGUGAUAAACCCUAAACCACGCAUAGAGAAGUCUGAAGAACUUGACAUUCACCACACGAUCGAGAAUCGCGAUUCCAAUACGAAGAAGCAAUUUAAACAACAAUAACAAAGAAACAAACAAUGCGUUACAUAACAGUGUUGUUAACUUAAUUAGCGUUUUGGAACUCUCGAUUCUAUACACGCAGGACCACCGUCACAACCAUGGGCCGUCACUCCUCCACCAAUCACUCUCCCUCCUCUCGCCGUCACCGGACCCACCGCAGCAUCUCUCCGCCGCCGCGAGACAAGCACGAACACUCCGGCCGCGGUUCGGCCAAGCCGGUUCGGACCGAUUCCGGUUCGCCGGAUCCUCUUCCUCGCUCCCAGUCUCCCUCCCCGCGAACGAAGCGGUUGAAGAGAGCUCAAUCCGAACGCGAGCGCGAGCCACGCGAGAGUGAGAGGAACCAUGGCAGUGGCAGAGGCAAGGGUUCGGAGAGAGAUACGGUUGAGCGGAAGGAGAAGAAGAGAGCACAGAACGACGACGGUGGUGGCGGCGGGAGCGGAAGGAGUAACAAGUCGUCGCGGUCGAGGCACGAGAGGUCGCCGGAACGAGAACGGAAUGGGAGAAGCCGGCAUAGGUCUCCGUCUCCGGCGCAUCAUCAUGGCUCCGCCGCCAACGCAAAACCUCGUGAUGAGGCAAUGAACUCAAGAGGGGAUCAACAGAUGAAUGAUGAGGAUGAAUCUAUUAGGAAGAUGAAGGCUGCUGAGGAGGCUCUGGAAGAAAAACAGAAGCAAAAACCUUCAUUUGAGCUAUCUGGAAAGCUUGCGGCUGAAACAAAUCGAGUUAGAGGUGUUACUUUGUUAUUCAAUGAACCACCAGAGGCUCGAAAACCUGAUAUUAAAUGGAGGCUUUACGUUUUCAAGGCUGGUGAAGUGUUAAAUGAGCCACUUUAUAUACAUCGCCAAAGUUGUUAUCUUUUUGGAAGAGAAAGAAGGGUUGCUGAUAUCCCAACAGAUCAUCCAUCUUGCAGCAAGCAACAUGCUGUUAUUCAAUUUCGGCAAGUUGAAAAGGAGCAAUCUGAUGGUGCAUUAUUAAAGCAAAUAAGGCCUUACAUUAUGGACCUUGGAAGCACAAACAAAACUUUUGUUAAUGAUAGUCCCAUUGAACCUCAACGAUAUUAUGAACUCAGGGAAAAAGAUACCAUUAAAUUUGGUAAUAGUAGCCGAGAAUAUGUAUUACUGCAUGAGAACUCUAUUGGGUAAUGGACAUUGAUCUCUCCAAUUCUGUAUCUCCCGCUCAUCAGCGUUGAUGAAAGCAACCAUUCGACCCAGCAGUUUUCCCAGUCAUGCCCAAUUUAUGUGUAUUCUCUCUUUUCGGAAGCUUCUAGUUCAGCUUGUCAAGUUUCUUGUUAUUAUAUAUGUACAAGACACAUUUGAUAAUUUACUUUUAAGCUGUAUAAUACAAUAUUGAGGGCCCUGCCAAAUUAGAAUUUCAUAGCCUUGAGCAAAAUGCACCCUUCUAAGAUAAACUUGCCCAGUGAACAUUUGCUUGCUAGUUUCGGAUAGGGUUCGACAUUUCAUGAUCCAGUUCAGAUCCUGUUCAUUUUCUCGUCAAUCAUUAUAAUUAUUAUAAAAUACAAAUUUUUGU